AUGCUCGUCGCCGCCCAUGCCUUUGCAGAGACCACUCGUUUGGCUGCCAGCUGGAUUGGAGCCGUCACCACGGGCACGUUCUUUUGGAUUCCCACGUUGCUGAUCACGCUGUUGUUGAACCUCUUCUUGCGCUUGGGCUGGUCUCGGUGGUGCCUCUUCCAACUGCUGAAGCGUUUGCGGCUUCGGCGGCUGGCAAGGAAGGUGGCGCCCGUGGAUUGGAACCUUAUCCAUGAUGAGGUUCGGAUCUAUGGGGGCUACUUCCGGUUUGUCCCCAUCUUGGCGCUGGUUGUGGCACGGGCCUUCGUCUACGGCCUCCUCCCGGCAACGUCGCCACGCUUCGCACUCUUCAACGCCUCCGCAGGCUGGGCGCUUCUGGUGAUGCUGAUAGCGGAGCUGAUGGAAGACCUGGUGGUAGUGCAGGAGCUCCUGCCAUACGCGCCCGUGGCGGCGGAGUGGCACGAGCGGGACCAGGCGCGGGAGUGCCUCAACGAGCCAGGCCAGCUGGUGGCGGUUGAGGUGAGGCCAACUCUGUUUGGUCGCCCUGCCCGGCGAGACUGCGCUUCCAACAUGACCUUUGAUUCCGUGAGCGAGAUUCCGCUUCAGCCCUCGCCGGGCUUGCCGGCCUCGCCCGCAUCCGUGGACGCCGAGCGUCUCGCGGAGAGAAGCACACGGGGUAGGUGGGGUCGCCUGCGUGCGGCCUUGGGCCAGCGGCAGCAGCUGGUGCCCGCGCUGUCGCUGCAUGGGAUCCGGGAGCUGCCAUUCCGGGUGCAGCUGGGCGCUUGCUACGUGAUAAUGGAGGUUACCAUGGGACUGCUGAGCGCCCUGCUGGGGCCGGGAUACUUGCGAGGGCUCUUCGACAAGCCCUGCGAGCCUUCCGCAGUUCAGGCCAUGCUCACGUACCUUUUGUGGGAUGUGCCUUUAUCCUGCUGA